ACUGAAUUGUUCAUACACUUAAUUGUACAUACAGGUGGUAUUUGGAUUACUGGCGCCAACAGAUGCGCAAUACGGUCGAAUGGGACGUGGGUACGGGAUGAGACGUUUCAUUGCACCUCGGCCGUUUUACCCAAGAUACCCUGGUGGACAUGGUCAUCUCGUUGAUCCUUUCUCUCGAGGAUCUGUCUUUGGAUCCGGGAUUAUAGGUGAUCCUUAUUCCGAUCCUUACAUUGGGGAUGGCGUACUUCCAUACGCAGGAGGUGUUUACCCUACAGGAGGCGUGGUUACUGGCCUUGUAGGAGACGGACGCCGCCCAGCUGUUAUAGAUAACCAAUCAAGUGACAGAGUAGAGCAUAUAAAUAUUCAUAACAGCAAUAACAAUCAACGAAUUCAAACAGGGUCUAAUAACGUCGCUGUAAAUCAAGUGACCGGAGGAAGUGGUAACCAAUGCCAACCAUGUCCGGCUGACGGUUAUUGUUCGGGUGGAAGGUCAUGCCAGUAUAGUCAAUCAUGUCCUAAUGAGAUCGUCUGCGUGUAGACUAUUGUGUAAACAGUGGUGUCAAGUCAUAUUACCCAGUCAUAGUUUGUGUAGUAAAUACGGAAAGCAAUAUGUAGCUUCAAUGUGAUAUCAAAGUGAUUUUAAAUGACAUAAAAAUUCAGGUUUUAUUUAUCAAACUAUAAACUAAAGAUAGUCGACCAAUAGUU